AUGGUUGCCUUCGCCCUGCUGCGCUCGCUCGCGUCGCUCGCGAGUGUGGCCAUUCUAGCCGCAGCUCUGUGCUCCUGGGGUACCAUCGGACAGCUGUCCACCGGCAUCCGACCACUCCCCCUCAGGCACAUCCACCUCGCUGUGAUGAGUGACCGGCCAGCCAGUCUCGCCGCCACGGUGCUAACUGCUCAGGCCUCAAGAGGUGAGUCAACACAGCUAAACUGGUGGAUCAUCACAACCCUCUCAAGGGCUGAGGUGCUUGGGGCGCUCGGCUCUUCGUUUCCGGUCGAGCAGGUGAACCUGCUUGGUCUGAACGAUGCCGUGGACUCGCUUGUGGGAAAGGGCAUCAUCCCGGUUUGGAUGUGGGAAGACUGGCAACGCUGGCGGCACGCCCCACAGGAGAACGCCUCGCAGUGGCGGACCGAGGCGUCGCUUCGCGUGUUCCCUCCCAGCCGCGACCCCAAGCACGCCCACCCUCUCAACUUGCUCCGCCUCUACCUCUCAGAGGUGCCUGCGCUGGAACACCUCGAUCGGCUGCUGCUCGUCGACGACGAUGUGCUUAUUCAGCAGGAACUGUGGCCGCUCUACGACGCGCCCCUCGCGACAGGCACGCUGCUGCAAGCGUCGUGCUCCAUGUACGAGGGCGCCAGCCAGGGAGAGAGUCAGUGGCUCAACUUGACCAACGCGCGCUCCACCUACGCUGAGACAACCUUCAUCGGCUCGAUUGGGCCGCAUGCCUACAGCUCUUGCGACUUGGGAGAGAGAGCGCGAGAAGAGCAUCCGUGCGCGCCGCUGGCGCUCGAGCCUCUGCUGCUCUCGCUUGAGGCUUUAAUCAACUACCAUGGCGAGCGCAGGGCGCUCGGCCAUGAUGGUGCCGUGGGCGACACGGCCAUCCGAGAGCAGCUCGCGUGGAACUUUGGGGUCGCGCUGCUGCCUCUUAACCGAUGGCGCAACGAGCGUCUUGAGGAGCGUGUUUCUGCCUGGUUCGCUGCCAACUCACGCUUCCGUUUUUUCCCGCCCGAUUCGGUGGCAAGCGGGCUCGGCCUGCCGUACCUUAUCUUUGCCGGCGCGGUGGGCUGCUGGGCGGAGGAUGCAGUCCUCGAUGGAUUGGGCUACGUCUCCGACACCGACCUGGAGCAUAGCGGGGUGUACGAUCUACGGCGGUAUACCUCUCUCCACUUCGCAGGCCCGAACAAGCUGGCGCUGGACGGGCUUGACGACCACAGUCCCGCCUCUGUUUCGCGCGCCACUUUCGACCACCUGCACAAGAACGCACUCUCCCGACGCAGGCUGGGGUACAGCGGGUACCACUCCUAUGGCGGCUAUCUUUACGGCGGGUACCUCUAUGGCGGGUACUUGCUGAGCCUUCCUCCCGUCGCUCCGUCGCCUUCACCACCUCUGCUGCCGGUGCCGCCACCGCCGAGCCUGCCGCCUCCGUCACUGCCACCCCCUUUGCCGCCGCCGCCGCCGCCCCGCAUGCCGCCUAGUCCGCCUAGCCCCCCACUCCCCUCUCCGCCACCGCCCUCUCCGCCACCGCCACCUCCACCGCCACCUCCACCGCCGUCACCCCCGCCACCAUCACCUCCACCAUCCCCACCACCAUCGCCGCCACCAUCGCCGCCGCCGUCGACACCGCCGCCCUCGCCGCCGCCCUCGCCGCCGCCCGCGCCGCCGCCCUCGCCGCCGCCCUCGCCGCCGCCCUCGCCGCCGCCCUCGCCGCCGCCCUCACCCCCGCCGCCCUCGCCGCCGCCCUCUCCCCCGCCGCCCUCUCCCCCGCCGCCUGUCCCACCGCCACCAUCGCCACCCCCGCCCUCACCCCCGCCCUCUCCUCCACCCUCGCCGCCGCCGCCAAGCCCGCCGCCUCCUUCGCCACCGCCCUCGCCACCGCCGUCGACACCGCCACCGAGCCCACCUCCACCCUCGCCACCACCAUCGGGAACAUUCGAUUGA